UGUCCGUUUUACGUUAUCGUUACCACAAAGACAGCUUACUUCCGUUUCUGGACUCGAGCUUGCGCCUUUGGACCCUUGGGGAGACGCCGGGAACCUUACCCACCACCGCCCGCCGAGACUCGAGAUUACCUCACUCCAGAGUCUAGAGUCUGGAUACCGCGCACACGCCCGCAUCGCCGGCCGCCCACUCUCGCACUCGCGCUGACGCGCACCUUGAGAGCCGCACCUGCGGUUACCUGCAACCAGCUGCAAUGUCCCGCAUCGAGAUGCUCAACGCACCGACGAAGCCAUGUCACAACUGUCGCCGCCGCCGCCUCCGCUGUGACCGCUCCUAUCCCCACUGCCACAAGUGUACAGUCGGCGGGCAGGAAUGUCUUGGCUACGGGAAGCUCUUCCGCUGGACAGAGGGCGUCGCCAGCCGCGGCAAGCUCGCCGGCAAGACCUCCAUCACCUUCUCGGCCGAUACCACCACCAGCAUGAUCCCGAUGUCGCGGACUUCCACCCUCGAGCGCAAGCCCUCAGCCUCAACCUCUUCUUCCCCCGCUUCUCCCGCUUCGGGCCUCCAGCCCCAGGACCCUCCGGCCUCUGCCGAAUCUGCCGAAAAUGACUCCACCGCGCUCGUCGUCUCUGCCGUCCGGCCCGCCGGCACCGAAACCCAGUCGGCACCCUGGACCCUCGUCGAUCCUCUCUUUCAGGGCGUGGAGCAUCACUACCGCCACUACCUCUCCUACUUCACCACCCGCGUCUGUAGGGAUCUCGUCUCCUGGGACCUCCCAGACAGGAAUCCCUUCCGCUCCCUGAUCCCGUUGACAAAAGCACACCCCUUGCUGCAGCACAUCAUCGUCGCCGCCUCCGCAGCCCACAUGUCUAAUCUGUCCCGCGCCCUGUCUUCAGAUCCAGAGUCCGAUCUAAACGCCCGGCAAGCCUUAACCGAUGCCCUGGUUGCCAAGCACAAGGCCUUGCGCCUGCUCUCCUCAGCCCUACAGGACAUUGGCGGCGUCGGCGGGGACGUGGUACUAGCUUCCGUACUCUUCUUCGUCAACGUGGAGUUGAUUGAGAGCGGACACGGCGGUUGGAAGCCCCAUCUCGAAGGCGCGGGCCGAAUCAUGACCUUGUUGAACCCCGCCUCCACCGCAGAUGUCGCCCUACGGGAUUAUGUCAUGUCAGAUUGCUUCAUCUACUAUAUCUUGGCUUCCGCCUUCAACCAGGAGACGCCUACUGCCAAGUCGUACUACCAAGCCUCUCAGGCCUCUGCCGUUCUCGGAAGAGCUGCUGCCAACAGCUAUCUCUGCUGUCCACCUGAUGUUUUGCAGAUCCUCUUGGCGGCAUCACAGCUGUCGAACCAGCCCACGGAUGACCUCGAGUCUGCGGCAUCCAUAGCCCAAGCCGCGGCGCAUCUGCUCGAGCAGGCCCUGUCCUUCGAUACCCACGACUGGGCGUAUGAGCCGCGUACCAUUUCCUACUUUAAACACAUUCCGGUCGAAAGCCGAAUCCAUGCCGGUUCCGCCCACAGGCUUGCUGCGUGCUUGUACAUCCUACACGCCCUCCCGUCCGCUUCGAUCCUGGUACCCGUCGACCGCGAUGAGCUAGACAGCCAGAUGUUCUACCACCUCUCAUGUAUCCACGACGAAGACCCCAAUUUCAAGGCGACGUGUUUGCCGACGUUCAUUGCUGGUGCUGGGACCACUGAUCCGGAAAGACGAAAAUGGAUUCUCGAUCGGCUGAAGAGACUCAUGAUUGCGACCCCUUGGGGCUUCAUCAUGACCGCCAUGGAUACUUUGCAGACGAUUUGGAACCUCGAGGAGUCUGUGGACCCAGACACGCAGACGGAACGCACCUGGGUUCAGAAGCUCAGGGCUUCGAACCUCAAUUUCCUUAUUGUGUGAAGGGGCACAAGAAGAGGA